GUCGAUUUCUAUCUCCAGAUGAUUCAGUUGCUGGGCCAUUUUCACGAGUAUGACAAACUGGACUCGCUGAUUCAAUACAUGAAUAAAGACAAAAUUCCGUUCGAUGGGCGAAUCUAUUCGGCAUUGAUCGAAGCCUUCGAAGACACGCAGCUCGUGAUCGACGUGUACAACGACGCGAAGAAUAAUGUGCGUUUUCGAAUGCUUUGUGAUCCGAAGCUGCCUGAAAGCGACCCAUAUGCGUCGCUGCUCUUUCCGCAAGAUACGCUCUCCCAGCAGUAUCAGCAGUUCCCCAAAGUGAUUGACUGCGCGAAGCUGAAGCAGGCUGCCUGCAAAACGAUCGUUCUGCAGGAACUUUCUUCUGUAGUGGUUGGUGUGGAUUGCUUUGAAGUAGAUGAGCACUGCUUCGCUGGAGUCCGUGCACGACUUGAUCUUUAUCACGGACUUCCAUUCUCCUGCAAAAAAGACGUAUAA